UUACCUGCUCCAAGUCUCCAACCCUUUAUUCUCAUCCUCUCUGUGUUAAAUCGUCGUCGUCUUUUGAGUCUUGUCUCUUCCAUCCAUCUUCCCCUUUGUAUUUUUUAAGGAUAUCUUUUUUCCAUUAAAGCUUUAUUUUUCUUUUUACAGUUUUAACCUCUAGGAGGGGUCCUUAAUGACAUUCACUUUUUACAGUAACCGAGAGGAGGGACCACAUUUUGGGCAGUUUCCUCUGUUGGGUUAAAAUUAGAGUAGAUUGACGCUUUGCUGAGGUGUCAUGAUUUCGACAGAGCGCUCGAUUCCAAUGACGGACCAGCCCCGUCGGGUUUUGACGCCCGGGGCGUCACGGAAACGGAAGGAUAGAGAAGGUCUUCUUCAAACAGACAAAUCGUCAACUCCAACCACCUCCAAGAUUAACCAGAUUCAGGAUCCAGAUCCGAAUCCGAAUCCGACUCCGGCUCCGACUCCGGUUCCUUCAUUGUCUAACCGGCUCUUAGCUGGCUACAUGGCCCACGAGUUUCUGACCCAGGGAACUCUCUUCGGCCAGAAGUGGGACCCGGCGGCGGCCACCGCGGAUAAAGCUGAGACGACGAAGAAGGUUACAAAAAAUAAAGCUGUAGAAGAGAAGGGAGGGAGGGAGGCGACGGCAGCAGCAGCGACGGGGGCGGCGGCGCAUCAGAGCUAUGCUGCGGUGGCGAAGAUGAUGAAGGUGGAUGGGACCCACAUACCGGGUAUUGUGAACCCGACCCAACUUGCGCGAUGGAUACAAAGGUAAAGAAAAGAGUGACGUUGUGGAAGCACGUGGAGGAUUAGUAUUGGAGGAAUGGUUGAUGCUGAUGCUCCACGUAAGAACGCACGCUUCUCGAUUGUUUCGCGCAUGCACUUC